AUGAGCGGCUUCUGUGCGGCGCACGGCGUCGAGCCCACCUACGACGUUCGUCCGAUGGGCACCGCCCGCAGGCCUCGGCACGUCUGCACGCUGCACCUGCCGCUGCCGCCUCCACUCGCGGACGCGUUCGGCUACACGAAGCUGGUUCGGACGGGCGCGCUCGCGACGCGGAAGCGCGCGGCGGCGCCGGUUGGCCGCGCCGAGCCUCGCGCCUCCCUCGCCACGCUGCGCCUGCUCUCGCGCACGCUGUCCGUCUCGCGCAACAAGGUGCUCUCCAAGCACUCGGGGCCGGUGCUGCAAGCGGUGGCGGAGGUGCAGACUGCCGCCGCCGCCGUUUUGGCGGAAUGCGCCGAGCAGAAGCAGCAGCGGCAGCAGCAGAAGCAGCAGCGGCAGCAGCAGCAGCAGCAGCAGCAGCAGCAGCAGCAGCAGCAGCAGCAGCAGCAGCGGCGGCGGCGGCAGCGGCAGCAGCGGCAGCGGCAGCCGCAGCCCCAGCCCCAGCCGCAGCAGCAGCAGCAGCAGCAGCAGCAGCGGCAGCCGCAGCAGCAGUCUGGAUGUCUGCUGCUGCCGGAGGCGUCGCCGGCGCGCGUCGGCGUCGAGCAGACGGUGAUCUUGAGUGGCGGGACCGGAACCGGCAAGACGAUUCGCGUGCCUCAGAUGAUCGCCGAUGCGGCGGAGGAGGCGGCCGCGCUGUCUGCCGCUGGUAUGCGGCUGGCGCGGGACCCGAGCCUGGCGGGAGUGACGCAUCUGGUGGUGGACGAGGAGUCACUCAUCUGGUGGUGGGCGAGGCUGCUCCUCAUGUCGGCGACUCUCGACGCGGCCGCAUGGGCGCGCUACUUCGACGCGCCUCCCUCCGCCCUGCUCGCGCUGCCGCCCGCCGGCGAUCUCGUCACCGGCGAGUGGGACGACGGCUCCGGGAGGGCGGCGGAGGGCUCCGGGAUGGCGGCAGAUGGCUUUGAGAUGGCGGCAGAUGGCUUUGAGAUGGCGGCAGAUGGCUUUGAGAUGGCGGCAGACGGCUUUGAGAUGGCGGGGAGGAUCGAGACGGGCGCCAAAAGGGCCGGCGGUCUCGGCUGCAGCGCGGGGUGGCAGGCAGGGCACGGGCUGUCCGCGCUUGCCCGCGCCGUGGCGGAGGAAGAGCGAGUCAGCUACUGCCUUGCCGGCGGCGCAGACGAGUUCGCAGAGGAGGGGCGCGCAGGCAAGGGUGGCGCCGGUGGCGACCGGGCGGGGGACGGGGAGGGGAGGGGCGCGGCGGCUGGCGAGGCGGCGGAGGGGCAUCAGCUGGACGUCGCGCUCUGCCGCCUCGCCGCUGCUCUCAUCCAACGCCUCUGCAGCGACGCCGCCGGCAGCUGCAACAGCGGCGGGGACGGCGGCGGCGGUGGCGGCGGCGGCGGGCCGGUUGGGCGCGGCGCGAUCCUCUGCUUUCUUCCUGGGUGGGCGGAGCUGCGCCGCGUCUCUUCUCUGCUUGCGGGGGCGGCGGGUGGAGGCGGCGAGGGCGGGGGGGGGCGCCUCACGCCGCCUCCGAUGCGGGUACACCUGCUACACUCCUCAGUACCGCUCGCCUCGCAACGCGCCGCGCUCGAGCAAUCUACGGCGGGCGGUCCGCGCAAGGUUGUCCUCGCGACGUCGAUCGCCGAGACGUCGAUCACGAUCCCAGACGCCUCGAUCGUGAUCGACGCCGGCCGCACGAGAGUGUCCGCGUGGGACGCGGCCUCGCGCGUCUCUGCUCUGCGCACCGAGCUGGCGUCGGCCGACGCGGCGGCGCAGAGGGCGGGGCGGGUUGGCCGUGUCGGGCCUGGGACAGUGUACCGGCUCUACUCGCGCGCGGCCGCGGCCCGGAGGGCUGCGGCGGCGGAGCCGGAGAUUGUCCGCUCGAACCUCGACGGGCUCUUCCUGCAGGCAGAGGAGAUGGCGGCCGGAGGAUCCGCCGCCGCGCUGCUGGCGGCGACGCCGGACCCGCCCCCCGCCGCCGCCGUGGCGCUCGCAGGGCGGCGCUUGCUGGCGCUGGGCGCGGCCUUCGGCUCUGCGGGGGCCCUGCUGAUGAGGAGGUACCGGUGGACCGGCGUGGCCUUCGGCUCGGCGGCGCUGCCGGGCAGGGGCGGAUACUGCACGGCCGGGCUGGGCGACGUCGCGGCUCGCGAUUGGCCCAUCGCCCCCUCCCAGCCCGACGCGGACGCCGACGGAGUGUGGCUCGCGUUUGCACGCCUGGUGGACUCUCGGCAGCCGGCGAGCGACGGCGCCGCGGCGCUGCCGGCGCUGGUUGGGACUGCCGCUGUGGCGCCGCUGCCGCUGGUCCUGUUCGGCGGCGAGCGGCUCGCGCCGAUGCCGCUGCUGCACGCCGCGCUCCUGGACGACUGGAUUUGCGCGAGCGACCGCCACGGCGGAGAAGCAGUCGCCGCCGUCGCCGCCGCGCGGCCCGGCAUUGCAGCCGCCCUCGAGCGCUCUGCCGCCGACCCGGCCGCAGCGGCUUCGUUUGCAGCGUGGAUGUGGUUCAAGCUCGUGCUGUGGGCAGCUACGAGCGCGAGCAAUGCGUCGGUGCUGCCAGCAUUCGAGAUCACUGCGGACAGCUUUCGCGGUUCAAUGUGA